AAAAGAUGUAGCAGGCUAGCAGCUCUAGAUGUAGAGAGAAAAGCGACGUCGUAACUCGUACGGGCAGUUCAGCCCCAAUCUCAACCAUUUCUCAGCAAUUGUCUUCCAGCAAUCUUCCGAUCCGAUCGACAUUCCCUGUUCCAUUCUUCAAUCGACACUUCCGGAAGGUUUGCCAGCCAGUGUAAUUAUCCUAAGGGUGAUUUUCUUUUGUGAUAAGGCGGCACUUCGUUCUGGAGAUAGUAUGGUUUACCACUCCAGUUUUGUUGAUGAGGAAGGGAUCACUGAAGCUUGUGGAUGCCCUCUUCUUCCUCUAAAAAGCCAUAUAAGGGGUCCUGCUCCGGUUUCAGAUCAAGAUAAAAGUGAUAUUGCUGAUGAGGCAAUCACAUUCUUUCGUGCCAAUGUCUUCUUCAGAAAUUUUGAUAUCCAAAGUCCAGCUGAUAAGCUUCUUAUCUAUCUGACCUUCUACAUCAAUGUCGCUUUGAAGAGACUUGAGGGAUGCAGAACUUUGGCUGAAGGGACCAAAGCGAUCAUUAACUUGGGGCUGGAAAAUGUUCCUGUGCCUGGAGAGCCAGGUUUUCGCUUUCCAGGCCUCUUUGCACUACCUCAAUCACGAGAAGAAGCAGAGCUGUUGAGGAACUACUUGAAGCAGAUAAGGGAGGAAACAAGCGGGAGACUGCUGAGCGUUGCAUACAGGGCCAAUGGCACUCCCAACAAAUGGUGGCUGGCUUUUGCCAAGCGUAAAUUCAUGAACAUUAUCCUUCCCUGAUCCAAUCCCCUCCCAACCAACCAACCGAAUCACACCUUUUUAUUAUUUCGUUUAGAGUUUACGAUUUAAGAUAAUUAUAUUAUUGUUCUAUUAUUAUACCCAUUAAUAUGCAAAUUAAGGUAAAUGGACUUUGAUUCUAAAUGUGCAUGUUUCUUUCUUUUA